CGGCUAAAAUGCGGGAAAAGUGAAAAAAAACGUAAACAAAGAUUUAAUUAACAGUAAGUGGGAGCGCCAGUGGUCUAGUCUCGUUUACUUCUAGACUUUAACAACAACGAAAAUGGUUCUUGACAAAUCUUCUAGCAAUGUGAAACGAAAACUUGCAGACCAGAGUAAAGGUCAGCCAGCUAAGAGGAAGAAGGGAUCAUCAUCAGAUGAUGAUGACUACAGUGGCAGCACAUUUUUCUCUGAGGCAUGUAAACGUGCAGGACUACAGCUUAAAAAUGGCAGCAAGUACAACAGGCUCGCUAUGGAUCAAGCGGUAUUUCAGAAAAAUCUGUUGAAAGAGUUACGUGGUAAAAGUGGAAAUGGUGUGGAACAGUUUGUUGAAGGAUUUCAGGAGUAUAUAGAAGAGCCCAAACGGUUGCACAGAAGUCUGCUGCCAACAGUAACAUCACCAGACUGUGAUAGUGCUAGAGGUGGAUUCCAAGAAAGUGUUGUAAAAAUUCUGAUGGGAGUUGACGUGAUACAGCCUCCGUUGAUGACAGUAUUACUGGAAAAGCUUCCAGAGUUUACUGGGGAAGAAGAUUGUGUAAUAUUAGAGCAAGGACAGAAAGUGAACAUACCUCACUUACUUCUCUCACAGUUCCAAUGGCUGGAUCAUGUUGUCAACAGCAAGGAAGUAACUGAAAAGUUAUUGGAGAUGGUGUCAAUCACUUGUGAAGAUGUUCAAAGGGAGAUAAUCUCAUGCUUGCCUGAUAUUGUUCAAGACUCUGAGCACACGCAGGUUGCUAUAGCUUUGAGAGAUCUUAUGAAUGAGAAUCAGCAGUUGACUGUGACAGUUUUAGAUGCAAUGUCUAACCUCAUACUGACUCCUGGCUUACUGUCAGAGGUUCGUGACUCUGUACUACAGUCAUUAGUGUCAGUGGAACUGGAGGAUUUACCUGUACUUAUCAAGUUCUUGCUGCAGUCUGUGACUGGUGUAGAUGCUCUUCAGGUCAUAACAGAACUGAGGGCAAACUUGGAGUUUGAUACAUCUACUGCCAAAAAAGGGAGCGGGAGUAAGAAAAAAGGGUCAAGUGGUGUAGAUCCUACCUCCAGUGAAGAUGUUGAGUCAAUUAUUCUAGAGACAGUGAAGUCUGCGGUACGGUUUCAGAGGCAUGUUGGUGAUGCCCUUAUAAAAGUGCUGAAGGGAUAUUUCCAGUCAUUACUAAGUCUGUCUGAGGUUUUACUGAGGUCUCCGGAACUACCGGUGUCGUAUUUUGGAUCAGCUCUGUACAAACAGACGUUCCUCGCCUUUGAUGCAUAUCAUCAACAGGAGAUUGUAGGCAACCUUGUAGCACAUAUAGGCAGUGGAUUGGAGGGAGAGAUAGAUGCAUCACUAGAUAUUCUAGCGUACCUGGUCAACCACCAUUUACAGCAAAUGGCUCCUUUUGCUAUCCUUGUAAAGAGUGUAUUGGACUACCUUGAUAAUCUUUCAGUGUGCCAGAUCAGAAAACUCUACUUCAUGUUAAGUGCUUUAGCCUUCAAGAAUCCCCAGGAAGGAGGUCUGAUACAGGAUGACCUACAUAUUGUGAUCCGAAAGCAGCUUUCCAACAAUAACCCCAAGUACAAGAGAAUGGGUGUCAUAGGGGCUGUGAUGAUCGUGAGCUGUAUAGCACAGAGCAGCAAUACUGAAGAGAGUACAGAGAACUCGUGCACACAAGAGGAGCUCAGUGAUGACCUAUAUAAACAAGUGACGAGCCUGCUGACCCUGGUUCGAUCGAGUAGCAGUAAAUCUCCGGAAGCCUUCUCUCUCUUUAUGGAUGAACUGUCCACCAUCAUAGCACAGGGAAAACUUCAGUCUAAAGUUGAGGAUUGGAUAAGUGAGAAUUUAACAUUAGACUUCCAGGAAUCAUUCGUUGUUGAUAUAGUGGAUGGUGUCCCUGACGAAAGUGGCAAUAUACCUUUAUCCAGUCAGCAUGGAUUAAAUGAUGAGAGUGAAGCAGAAAUUGCCAUUAAUCUGCUACCAUUGGUGGUACAGAAACAUAACUGCAGAACUGCACUCACUGCUUACACUGAAAGUGCAGUAACAGACCCACUAUGUCUUUCCCCAUCUGUAAGGUUAUUGAGAAUGUGUGAAGAAAGACAGCAUGGAACUCUGGAAGGUAUCGACGCUCUACUCGGAUGUCCGGUGUACUUGACGAAGGAAGAUGUGUAUGAGAAGUUUGAGCCGUUGUCCCAGAGAGAAAAGGAGAUCAUCAUCUCCUCACUGUUUUAUUGUAUUAACUGGUUUAUAGAGAUGGUAAAUGGCUUUUCGAUCCAGUCAGAUGCAGAAACUAAAGCCAAGGUGAUCACAAGACUGCAAAAUAUAACCCAGCUACAGAAGAUACUUCUAACUUGCUUGUCAGAAACACCCAAUUUUAAGCCCCCACUGGCCAAUUUUGACUUAGAUGAAGCAGUUUCGCCAUCAGUAAGUACUGGAACUACUGGUAAGGGAGAGACAAAAAAGAAAGCUCGGAAAGGAAGGAAGACAGUAGGAAAGAAAGUAGACAAGCCGACUUCAGACAGUGAUGAAAAUAGUAGGGACAGUUCACAGUUAAAUAAUACAACAUUGAACAACACACAGGCAGCUACCCAGAAUCCUGAAGCAGUAGAAGGCAAGGAUAGCAAGGCUGCAGUCAGUUUAUCAGCUUAUAAACCCUUUUUCAGGGAGCUGGAUAUUUCUGUGUUUACCAUUUUAAACACUGGAUCCAUCAGACAGUCUAUGCUUGAUUCUGACAUGAAUACUAAAGGUGUAACAGAGCUGUCUCUGGAGAUGGCCCAGGUCAACUUUCUGAUGGAAGACCUUUGCAGAAAACUGGAACAUUCCCUGCUAGCCUCAGCUUCAAAAAGGAAAACUUUUUUCAAAGUAAAGGCAGAGAAGAAGAUUGGAUUUUCAAAUUUGGAUCAGUUAACUCCAUUUCAGGUUGCAACAAAAGUUGUCAAGUUGUUACCUGCCCUUUGCAACCACCUUGAAGGGGCUAGUGGUUUCUUCCAGACGUUGAUUGCAGACAAUGACGGUAUGUUAGAUGGUCCAGGAAGUCACAGUCCGGAGGCGCAGAUGUCAGCAGUCUGCUUUCAACAGCUGUUACAGGCCCUUCUCUCUAUCUUCUCAUGGAAUGGUUUCCAGAUGGUGGAGAAUCGUGAUUUACUGAAGGAGGCUCUGGGGGUCCUUGUACAGAGAAUUAAAACAUCGGGACAUUCACAGAUGUCUUUGAAAGAUCUUGUCAAGACAGCGAUAAAGUAUAUAUCAAAUUUUGCAAACACGGUACCUGAUAUCAGUACUGCAGUAGCGUUGCUGAAAGUGCUCACCACUCUCUGUGAGAAAACUGAGGACCGACAACUCACAAAAACCCUUGUUCCUAUUUCUGAGGAGUUUCUGAAGAGAGAAUGGUUAGGUCAUGAUGGACAACGAGAAAAAGGAAGCAAGUUCAAUGAACAUUUGCAUAUCAUUAUUAAGUCAUUCAUUGUUAAUUCAGAGGAUCCACUGACAGCUAUUGAACCUAUAGCAACUAAAGCUGUACAGGAAUUGCUAGAGACUGAUAAAAAUGGCUGCUCAGCAACAUUCCCCACCAUGAGCAGAUCCUCCUAUACUGUGUAUUACCGUGUGUUAUUCAGUGAACUUAUCGAGGCAGCAAAAAAUAUACCUCCAGUCAAACAGUCAGAUCUUCUAGAUACAUGGAUGGACAGGUUGUUACGGUGGAGCGUUGCUGUCCGUAUAUUCCACAUUCUUGUCAACUUAGUCAAGACCUUUGAUGGAAGAGGAAAUUUGGGAACAUGUAUCAAGUAUGGCAGAUUUUUUGUGGAAGUUUUCCUGAGACUUGGAAUGCCUUUGUUAGACCAUAUGUUUAAAAGUCGCAGACAGGAUAUACUUGGACUUCUGAAAAACUUGCAACUGAGUACACGAGCACUGCAUCACUUGUGUGGCCAUUCAAAAAUCAUGAAAGAUUUGGCAUUGACGAACAAUGUGCCAAUGUUGAAGCGAUCACUAGAGGUGUUUGUUUUUCGUGUAAAAGCCAUGCUAACUGUCAAUAAAUGUCUCGAGGCUUUCUGGAUGGGAAAUCUGAAAAACAGGGAUCUUAAGGGAGAGGAGAUUUUAUCUCAGUCGUCAGUGAUAUCAGAGCAAGGUGGUGACAGCGAUGGGGAAACGUUACCAGAUGAGGAUGACCUCAGUGAUGUGGAGCUGGAUAAUGAAGGCAGUGACAACAACGAAGUUGAAGAGAACGACAUUACGGAUCCUGAAGGUUCUUACAGUCAAGCUUACUGAUGUGCAAUGUGAAAAUGACAUAAUUGAUUCAGGCUUACUGAUGUGCUGUGUGAAAAGGACAUAAUUGAUUCAGACUUACUAAUGUGACAUUAGAGAGAAAGACAUCACCCACGUUUAAGUUUGCUUGUAAGCUCAAACAUUAGAGCCAAGGGCAUAAACAUCUACCAAUUAUAUCUGUCAAUUUACGUCCUUGGUAGAGCAAAGAAUCUGAGAAGAAGAUUGUGGGUUUGAAUCUUUUUGGGAAUAAAAGUAUGUUUAUAAGCAUAUAUUCAAGGUAAAAGCAUACUUAAUUUGUUGCCGUUUUGUUAUGUUCUGUAUGACUAUUUGAACUUGCAUGUUUAUAUGAUUGUUGACAUAUGAGCCGUGCCAUGAGAAAACCAACAUAGUGGGUGUGCGACCAGCAUGGAUCCAGACCAGCCUGCACAUCCGCGCAGUCUGGUCAGGCUCCAUGCUGUUCGCUUUUAAAGCCUGUUGGAAUUGGAGAAACUGUUAGCGAACAGUAUGGAUCCUGACCAGGCUGGUCUGGAUCCAUGCUGGUCGCACACCCACUAUGUUGGUUUUCUCAUGGCACGGCUCAUAUAUCUGUUUAGUUAUUUUUACAAUUGAAACUGACCAGUACUGAUGAUCAUAAGAUGUUAGUGUAUAUUAAAAGAAAGAGACAGA